AUGAACUCUCAGUUCCUGAACUACAUCUACCGCGCUGGGCGAGCUGCUGCAUAUCCCGUCCAAGGCAUGUGGUACUUUGCACGACAUCGCGAGUUCUGGCCGUUAUGGAUGGGAAGGCUGCUACCUCUGUCUAUCAUCUCACUGAUUGUCUAUUUGAUACUGUUCUUGUUCGCCUACUUGCCUCAAGUUGGCUUUCUGGCGAUCUGGCAGGGCAGCGGAGCAUGGGUCAAUGCUCUGAUCUUGACGCUUGGAGAGGGGCAGGUCUUGAUUCAGGCACUGUUCGAAGGCUUCUUUGUGGAUGAAUGCCGAGUGGAUAUCUUUGAUGCAACCUUGAUCAAUGAAGGUCUCGUCGACCUCGUGGCUCCCCAACGUCUCCUGUUUCCCGAUGCACCUAACUCGGUCAAGAUGCUGGGCAAGCCUACCUCACGCGCUGAAUAUGCCCCUUGGAGCUUCACCCAACUUUUCGAGCUCGUGAUUUACCUCCCGCUCAACUUCAUCCCCGUUGUCGGCUCGCCGGCCUACAUUAUCAUCACUGGCAGCAGGCUAGGCAAGUUGAGCUUCCACAGGUGGUACAAGCUGCGCGGGCUGAGCCGGCGCGAACGCAAGUCGGAGGCGAAGAAAUAUACGUGGGACUUUGUCUGGUUUGGCACAGUGGCCAUGGUCCUUGAGCUGAUCCCGCUCUUGGCAUUCUUCUUUCUGUUGACGACUGCCACUGGGUGUGCCCUGUGGGUGUCGAAGCUGGAGAAGAAGGCCAGGGGCUGGGGCGCGGACGAUCAGGUGAGGGCGGAGGAGGGACAGGUCCGAAGUGAUGGGGAGGGGACACAGACUGGGCCACAGGAGGCGAACGGGAGGACGGGUGCUACCGUGGAUGAAAACGAGCCGCCUCCCCCAUACUCGGAUGAUCCAAUAUAG